AUGGCUGAAGAUGAUACCACCUGGGGAAUGAACGAUGUCGACAGCGCGUUCGUCACCCGGUCUUUCCAGGAUCUCUUUUCAACUCUUAGUCCGUGGAAAGUUGACGGCGACUUGGUCCUUGACAUCAGCAUUUAUUCGCGAAGCGACUCUGAUCACUGGUUCAAGUACCUCGAGUUCGGACCCGACAUGCCUCCCGGCCGGUCUUCACCUUCGUUUCGACAAAGUGAGGUGUCGACGCAGUCCUUAACCGACCUAUAUGACGACCCGGCCCAUGGCUGGCGUGCCGGUCGCCGAGAAACAGCCCUGGCAUCUCGGGUAAUACACAGAGUUUUCGACGAGAUCGAGUGUCCGCUGCCAUGUGAAGACGAGGAGCUGGAGAAGAAAUGCUGGCAACGACUGCCCCUACUUCCUGCCAUCACCGGCGUAUAUCUUCGGCAGCAGACGCGGCGUCGAUGGAAGCCAACUGAUCUCGCACAAAUGUUCGCGCGGUUUCCCAACCUGGAGGAACUGUGGUACGAGCCUUGGAAAGACGAGCCCCUCAUGCAGCAUUUUACAGAUAAAUGUGAGUAUGCAGCCAUCAGUCUCACACUACCUAGUGAUUUCCCCGUUAAUGAUUCUAACCCUCCCGUCGAUCACGAGAUGCUGUUCGAUUCGCUCCACAAAGGUCUGCGGACGAUGAUUUUGUUUGAAAAUUUCAAUCAGGACUACGACACUCCCAAAUCCUGGGACUUGGAAGCCGUCAGAACCCGGAAAGAAAACACGGCUUUGGCACGAAAGCUUGCAAGGACCAGUACAGAUCUUGAGGUGCUGUCUGCUUCAUACAUAGUCGAUGCUCGGCAUUUCUUCGAUGCUCGGCGAGAAUCUUGUAUACGGCCGAACCUGACAUCGUUGGCGCUGACUUCGAGCCUGUUGGGCCCCGAUGCAAGUAGUGCCGACAUUGACGGUAUGCUUUUGAAUGCUGCUGCUGCCGCCUUGAGAAUGCCCAAGAUCCAAACCAUAGAGAUCUGGAACGGCAAAGAAGGCUUGGUGAUGCUCUUCCGCUACCGAACAGCUCGAGAUGGGCAAUCGGUUGCUGUCACGCUGAGAGGAACUUCUGAAGUGAUCCUUGGGCCUACCGUUGCUCAAGCUUGGGAGGCAGUUGCGUUGCAGCAUCGCCACGGCAGGGUGAAGAUUGAAAGCGACUCGAUAGAUGGAAGAAUCAUCAAAUCCCAUGGUGAUGCUCUCUGCCAUCUCAAGCUCUCAAUGCAGGUCAUCAGAUCAGUCUCGCUUCGACAGAUCGUCAAAGAAGACCAGCUUAGGACAGGGCCUUCCGACACGAACAUCUGGUGA